GUUACAAGAACAAAGUGUGAUCGUUCGAUCUGUUUCACGGAAAGAUUUCGGUGUAACUGUAUAUUGUAUGACGGUUACAUAAAUUGUUGUCGGUGUGAUUUAAACAUGAUUGGUCGUACACAUUAGUCCGCAAUUACAUAGUUAAUUUGAAUCAGUAGAGUUCUUAAUAUGCUAUUUUGAGAUACAUUUUCAUAAUGGUUGAAAUUAUUAUCAUUCCCGAGCCAUCAAACAACAGUUAUUUGUGACCUAGUCGACAUUAUCCGCCCGCCUACCGUAGCCUAUAUCAUCGUAGCCUGUCUUACCAUAUUCUUUGUUUUAAUCUUACUGUAGCUACAUAACAACGUCGUCUAUACCAAAUUAGCGUCUGUGGUUAUUAAAUAUGUUUUCCAUCAUUUAUUUUGCGCAUUUGUUUAUUGACAUUCAUUUUAAAAUGCACCAGGCCCAUUAGCAGUAAAAAGUACAAGUAGGUUUAUUUUUCACAUUGCAUGACGUAUGGUCUCUUUUCGACCCCAGUACAGCUUGAAGCUUCUCAUGUUUAAGGUGACUGCUAUAUUCCGUGGGCACCCUAGCUGAUCUAUAUUGACCAGUAUGAGUCUACCUGAAAAACGCAGCAUAACAAAUUAUGCUGAACUGCAGGCGUGCUGAAAUGUUUAUAGACCUGCCCUCCGUAGCUGUAAGAUUCUUAUCUCGUUGUGAUCACCCAGAACUAGGACGCUGUUGCAUUUGGCAGCCAAUCUCUCAGUUUCAUUUCAGUUCUUGUGAGUGAGACUCUUGUUUACUUGCAUAAUGCAAUUAUAAUAUAAUGUAUUUAAUUUAUUAACCUGAAAUGAUUCUUUCGUAAUACUGUUAAAUUGGGCUUAUCAGGCCUUCAUCAUAGAUUAAGUUUUCUUGUAACUGAUUGAGUUUAAUGAUUAGCUUUAGUUUUCCCUAAGGCACAAGCCAACCUUAACCCUACUCAAUCAGCCAAAUGCAUACAUGUGAAAAGAAAGGCAGGCCGUGCAUUACUUGGCAGUUCUGAUGUGCUCACAUAUUCAUUUAAAGAAAAAAUGAAUGAAAGUCUGGCCACCCUAUUUUUCUAAAACAGUCUAAAACAAUUUCAAAACAACCUGGAAGUUUUAUUGGAUCCUGUGCUGUGAAUGGAUGAUCACAUUACCACAGUGGUCAAGGCAUUUUUUUGUAUUUUAACUCGCAAAAUUAUACAAAUUUUAGGCCAAUUUCGUCUAAAUUCCACAAUUCUGGUACACGCCUUUAUAAUGUUAAAGCUGGAUUAUAGUAUGCUGUGGCAUUAUCUGCCGGAGUACAUGUCCACACAUGCCACUCAGAACAUAUCAUUCCUAUCUUUAGGCCAGACUUCAUGUUAAAUCCGGGGUUGAAUUUGAAGUGUUGCUUAGUGGCUAUAAAGCAUGGUAUGGCCUUGGAUCUUGUUACCUGCAUGAUCUGACUGAGCCUUAUUUUCCCACACGCUCCCUGCAUUCAACAAUUUCUUUGUGGCGGCUGCCUGUUGCUUAAAAGCAGCUGGAGGACGAACUUUUAGCUGGUCUGCAUCUUGUCUCUGGAAAUACAUUUUGAGCCAUAUCAGAGAUGGUCAGGGAAGCAGUCAAACAGGAAAAGCGUGUGAGCACCAAGAGCACACCGGCUGACCUGGUGACAGAGGCUGACCGUCAGGUAGAGGAAGUGAUCAUAUCCACCCUCAGAGAGAGGUUCCCAUCACACAGAUUCAUUGGUGAGGAGUCAUCUGCUGCUGGGGAAAAAUGCAUUCUAACAGACAGCCCCACCUGGAUAAUUGAUCCCAUUGAUGGAACCUGUAAUUUUGUCCACAGUUUUCCCAUGGUGGCCGUAAGCAUUGGAUUUGCAGUGAGAAAAGAGCUUGAAUUUGGCGUCAUAUACCAUUGCUUUGAAGAGACCUUGUACACUGCUAGGAAAGGCCAUGGGGCAUUUUGCAAUGGUCUAAGGCUUCAGGUAUCAAAGGAAAAAGAUGUGUCCAAAGCCCUGAUUUUAACAGAAAUAGGAGCCAAGAGAGACCCCAAAACACUCAAGAUCUUUUCAGGAAACAUUGAGAAGUUUCUGAGUGCACCUACUCAUGGGCUCAGGAUAAUUGGCAGCUCCACACUGUCACUGUGCUACAUAGCCACUGGAGCAGCUAAUGCCUAUUACCAGUAUGGGCUGCAUUGCUGGGACAUUGCGGCAGCGGCGGUCAUCAUCCGGGAAGCUGGGGGAGUGGUGAUUGACACCUCAGGCGAGUUUUGUCUGCACAGGGCAAAAAGUGGGGACCCCUCGACCUCAUGUCCCGCCGGGUCAUCGCGGCGGGGACCCAGGAGAUCGCCAGUUUCAUCGUCCAGCAGCUGGAGCCAAUCAGCUACGAGCGAGACGACCACGACGUUGGCGCCCAGUCGUUGUAGACUGAACGUAGACUUGGGACCAGUUCCCCGUCUCUCAUUCUCAGCCUCUUACCUCCAAUCAGAAAAUCCUGCCAAACCUGGAAUCAGUCCUGUACACAGUAAAAUUGUCAGUGUUCAGUCAACUCUUUCCAAGUACGUAUGGUCCCUAGUGGACUCAAAUGUACUUUUAGAGUUGAAUUUUUACUGUGUACCAUAACCUGGGACCUCAUACACAAAUCAACUGUAUAUCUGGUGAAUACUACAGCACCUACUUGUUGAGCUGUAAUAUGAUUUUAAAAAAUUUAAUACUUUCCUUUUCUAUGGAAAAUAUUGAGUUCAUCCAGUUUUCAAUCCAUAACUUUUUUUAUGUGCACAUAGUUUAUGUGGUGUCUCACUAAAGUAAUGUAAUGGAUUAAUGAUAUCUUUCUGAAUGCUUCCCUAAUAAUAGGAGGUCAUUCUCUUAUUCUAAGCUGAUUUUCAUUUCAAGCCAUGCAACUAAAAAAUGAAGCUUGAAGAGAUUUAGAUUUAGAGCAAUACACACACACACACACACACACACACACGGGUGAUGAAUACAAAUUACAAUGUGCACAGUAAAAGGUCCAGUGUUAAUUGAACUCUAACAGAGUACAUAUGGGGUCUAGUAGGGACCAUAUGUGCUCUAAAAGAGUUGAUUGAACACUGUACAUUUUACUGUGCACAUUGCACAACUUUAAUAGGAAAUUUAGGAGCACUACUUAGUGAUUUUUUAAAUGGAGUAGAAUUUUUUAUUUUGCUGAAAAUGUGUCAUAAUUUGACAUGAAACUAUUUGGAACUCACACCUUUUUAAGUAUUUGUUUAUUAUAUCAAGUUGGGAUCUUAUUCCUUGCAUACGCUAUGCUGUGUUGCCUGAUGAGUAGGCUAUUUGUGGAUACAAAUUCAUAUUAGGACUAUUGAAAAAAGAACAGUAGUAGAAACAUAAUGUAUGAGGUUUAUACUGGUGCUUGUUCUACAAUGUUACAAAACUAGAAGUCUCCAGGUAUCUUUAGAUUUAAUAUAAUUGUAAAAUGUGAAAACAGGAUAAUAGUCAGUACUAUAGUUAGUGAUGCCAUUGCACUGAUUGAAAUUUCCCACAGAAUAGUGUCUGUUAAUUAAAUUUUGCUUUAGUUUAUAUUUGUCAAAGAACAAAAGUAAGAGCUGUAAUUGAUGGCUAAUGUCUGUUUUAAGUAUUUUUCUGAAAUUAAAAAAUAUAAUGGGAAUAAUUGAUAAUAAUAAUUUAGAUAAUUAGAAAACAAUAUAUAAAAAACUUUCACUCUUAUUGUCCUCUCUUACAUUCCCACCCAAAAUAAAAAUUAUUUCUAAAAAAUAAUUAAAAUAAAUAUAAAGUAAAAGGAAAUAAUUAAUAUUAUUCCUUAGCACUUUAAACAUUAUUUAAAUUUAAAAUAGAUAAUAGUACUAAUAUUAAAUAAGAAUAUGGUCGUCCCUGUAACUGUCAUGAGCUGGAAAUGCAAAUAUUGUGAUACUCUAUUCAUCCGUUUUAAAAGAAAGCUAAACAUUUAAAGAAAGCCCAUCUUCUCUUUGAUGAAACCAAGGAAAGGAAUACAUGAUUUUGCAGAGCUUCAUUUACACAGUCUUUUAAAGAUGGGUUGGGUUUUUGGUUAUAAACGCCUCCUUUAUUGUGGUAGAGAAAUAGUGGUAUUGUAUUCAACAGUGGUGCAUGUUGCAAACAGCAUCAACAUAAUCCUUGGCAGUAAUGGCAUUACUUGUAUUCAAUUAUGUGAAUUUAUCUGUUUUUAUGAAUGCUGAACCAUCAACAAGAGUCUGUGGAAAUUUGUCUUUAUCAUCAGUUGGGUAACCUGCCCAACAAGGAUCUUUUCUGUGUGCAGUCCAAUUAUGUUCCAAAUAGAUAAAGUUCUCUAGUAUGCCAUUGAACAGAAUUCAAGGCACAGAUGCACCUGCUAAAUCAUUGGUAUCUUUUUGGAAGUUUGAGGAUAAUCCCUGAAAAUAAUUAUCAGCAUUACUGAAUGUCAAAUACAACUUUUUAAAAUAUUUAUCCAAUAAGGAAAUUUUUGUGCAAAGUCAAUCAGAAUUUAAAAAUUAAACCCAAAGAACCUACCAGCCACACCCUAAGUCAGUGACCUUUCAAUGGUUACAAACCACAAUCAGUGCCUUCCAAAGUGUCAUUCAGCAUGAUACUAAUCAGUCUGACAAGGAUUACUGCACAGUAAAACCUUCAGUGUUAAAUCAACUUGUAGAGUACAUAUGACCCCUACUGGACUCAUAUAUACUCAUUUAGAGUUGAAUUAACACUGGACAUUUUGCUAUGUGGCAGCAGCAGCAAAAGCAAAGCAGGAGAAACUUGCAAAAGGAAAACACAUUUUAUUAAACUGUAACUUGCUUUGUAUGAAAAUAGACUUUGGGGGCUAAAAUCAAUUAGGUCGAAUUACUGUUUUCCUGGAAGGGAAGUGUGAAUUUUAAAGAACUUCAAAACAACAAGGCAGAGGCAAGGCCAUAAAUGCUUUGGUGACUAUCUUGGACCGCCUCUCUAUACUAAUGGAAAUAUACAGAAUUGUUUUAUGGAAAUAAAAUACAAAUAAAUUGCAA